CCACCCAGUGCACCCUCAUAUAACUGUGCUCGUUGAGAGAAUUGAGCAGACAGAGCUGCUGUAUCCGAGCACUCACAGAAGAAAGUCAACGCUGCUGAAGCUUUGCUAUACAUCAUUGACAUAUAGAAUGGAUCUUUCUCGAAGUACAUUUCGGGUAGUUCGCUGACUGCUUUAGGCACCAUUUGGAUUACUCAGGACUAACCUCAACAGACUGCGUUUUGAAAAGAAAAGAAAAGAAAAAAAGAAAAGCAUUAUUUUAAUUUUUAUUUUACAGUGAACGGGACGUGAAUUUUAUAAUCCACAUAUGGACAUCAUAACGGCAUCUUUCCACACGUGUAAGGAUAUUUAGCGCUUGAGAGCCGCCACACCAGCGCGCUCGGACGCGCACUUUACGCACAAUGGAGAGCUUGCUGAACGAAACGAUCUUCUGGACCUUCAACGACUCCUGGGCCAAUUCAAGCAAGGGAAACGACAGCAGAGGAACGAACCGAACCGUAAACCCUCUGAAGCGCAACGAAGAAGUGGCUAAAGUUGAAGUAACCGUUCUGGUGCUGAUUCUGCUGCUUGCGCUCGCUGGCAACCUGUGCGUCCUUGUGGCUAUCCAGACGAGUAAACGCGGUCAGUCGCGGAUGUAUUAUUUUAUGAAACACCUGAGCAUUGCUGACUUGGUGGUGGCGGUUUUUCAAGUUCUCCCCCAACUUAUUUGGGACAUCACAUUUCGCUUUUAUGGACCAGACUUUCUGUGCCGCCUGGUGAAGUACGUACAGGUGGUUGGCAUGUUCGCGUCCACUUACAUGCUUGUGCUGAUGUCUGUCGAUAGGUGUUUAGCUAUAUGUCAGCCUCUGCGAUCCCUGCGCCGUCGAAAGGAACGUUUUUUCGUGCUGGCCUCUUGGAUUAUAAGCCUGCUGUUCAGUUUGCCACAGGUGUACAUCUUCUCCCUCAAAGACCUGGGCGACGGCGUGUUCGACUGCUGGGGGGAUUUUGUUCAGCCCUGGGGCGCAAAGGCUUACAUUACAUGGAUUAGCCUGACAAUCUAUGUCAUUCCUGUAGCCAUUCUAAGCGUUUGUUAUGGACUUAUAAGUUAUAAAAUAUGGCAAAACUUCAGGCUGAAGACCCGGCGCGACCAGUGCUUCUCAUUGACCCUGCGGCCAGCCAAGGGCACCGCGCUCUCCCGCGUCAGCAGCGUCAAGUUGAUCUCCAAAGCUAAGAUCAGGACGGUGAAAAUGACGUUUGUGAUCGUCCUGGCUUAUAUCAUAUGCUGGACGCCGUUUUUCUUCGUUCAGAUGUGGUCCGCUUGGGAUCCAAUGGCUCCAACAGAAGCUAUGGCGUUCAUUAUUGCGAUGCUUCUGGCCAGUCUCAACAGCUGCUGUAACCCCUGGAUCUACAUGUUUUUUGCUAGUCAUCUAUUCCGGGAACUCAUGCAGCGCUGUCUGAUGGCAUCACACUGCGACUGUAAGAGGCAAUGGAGAUCUAAGAGCAAUUCAGGCACGGAUGCAGUGACGAGCCCCAGCAGCCAGAAGAGUGUAACACAGUCCUGUACUACAUGAGAGAAAGUUGGAAUACAUGCAGUUCGUAUUACCGUCAUGGACAAAACAAUAAUAUAACAUAAGCUAAAGAAGCAAUUCAUAUGAUUUUUCCAGGUGUAUUGCAGAACUCAGCCACAUUAGCCAUGGAUAAUCUCCAAUCCUCUUUAGCCUAAAAUGUAUAUCUUUACAAAAGUAAUGCUUGACAUGUAGCUGUCUUUGACACAGGAGGUAUCUAUACUCCAAACUGCUUAUUCACUGUAGAGUCACAGGAAUCAUUUACAUGCGUUUGCUUAAAGGAACACUUGUGAAAACUUGCUGAAAAUUAACUACUUCAGGACAUCCACGAUGUAGAUGAGUUUGUCACUUCAUCAAAACUGAUUUAGAGAAAUUUAGCAUUACGUCACUUGCUCAACAAUGGUUUCUCUGCAGUGAAUGGGUGCAGUCAGAAUGAGAGUCCAAACAUCUGAUAAAAACAUUACAAUAAUCCACAAGUAAUCCCACAUGACUCCAGUCCACUCAUGAAGAUCUUGGAUAAUCUGAGGGAGAGUUUCAGCAAUUUUUCAUUUUUGGGUUAAGUAUUUCUUUAAAGGAACAGUUCCCCCCCAUAAUGAAAAUGAUGCUAUUACCCACCCUUAUGUCUUAACUUGUGCCAAGUCAGCUCAUUUUAUCCUAGUAUUAUAUGAAGUUAUGAACCACACUUAAUACAGUAACAAAUAUCACAAAUUAGCACUUCUUCUCAUUGUAUGUGAAUGUCUGUGUGUGUGUGUGACAAACAGAGAAAAGGAACAACUUUUUUUCUUUUUUUUUUAAAUGCGACAGUUCACCCAAAAGUGAAAAUCGUGUCAUAAAUUAUAAUUGUUCCAAACCCAUUUGAUUUUCACACCGUCUGCAGAUCACAUAAUCAAUGCGAUCAAAGCUUUUGAAGAAUAACUUGGUGCUAUAUUCUUCUGCAGCCAUGCACAGGGACUACAGGAGUUACAUUAACACUUUUAAUUAAAAGCUGCUGCAUGGCUUAAUAAGACUUUGAGUACUUAAUGUUGUACUUGUAUGGACUUUUAUGGAGCUUUCAUCAAGCCUGGCAUCAUGGUAAAUCAAUUUGAUUUCUUCAUAGAGGAAGAGCAGCUCAGAGAUUACUUAUGAGAACUUAUAUUGAUUUGGAUGUGAUGUUGAGUAAAUAAUGAGAACGUUUUCAAUUUUUGGUUAGGCUACUGCUCAAUAGCUUUGAUGUUCAGCAAUGUUCCUUCAUCAGCAUUUUGUAGAAAUAUACUGUAAGUAUUGUACACACAGCAGCAUAAGGCUGUGAUUCACUCAAAUGUAAUCUUAU